AUGAACAUUCUACUGCUGGCUGCAGCUCUCAGCUGCCUGGUUGGUGCUCAACAGCAACCUUUGAAGUUUUCAGGGGAUUUUCAAACCCUUUACCUGGCCUCCAGGCAACUGUCAGCAGUAAAUGAAAAUGGGCUGUUCAGGCUUUACUUUCGAAAUAUUUCAUUUUAUGAUGGUUAUAAGAAAAUGUCUAUGGCAUUUUAUAUGAGGGAAAAUGGAGCAUGUCGACUCUACAGACUUCAGGCAGCCAAGUACAAACCUCUGAUUUUUACCGAUAUAUGGAACAGAGCAAAAGGCAUUAAACCAGUUGAAAAGAAAAUUAACAACCCAAACGGUCUUUGGCUAAUUGAUAAUUCAUAUGAUUCCUAUCCAAGAGUCUGGAACCGACAAUUUAAUAAUAAAGAUGUUUCUCUGAUCAAAAGCUCAUCUGGAAAGAAUUCACAAGAAGAUAGUGAAGACUCAGAAGAAAAAGAUGUGAAGACCAAGAAAGAUGAUUCUCACUCAGCAGAAGACAGAGAAGAUGAAAAAGAUGAUCACAAAAAUAUGCGCCAGCAACUGCAGGCAGCAUCUAAAGCAGCAUCUAAACAGAGAGAGAUGCUCUUGGAGGAUGUGGGCAGUGAGGAAGAGCUAGAGGAAGAAGACGAGGCACCAUUCCAGGAAAAAUAUUCUGGCAGCGAUGAGGAUUUCCUAAUGGAAGAUGAUGAUGACAGUGACUAUGGAAUUUCAAAACAGAAAAACAAAAAGGUGGUUAAGAAGUCCAAACCUGAUAGAAAAGAAAAGAAGAUGCCAAAACCCAGACUAAAGGCUACAGUGACGCCAAGUCCAGUAAAAGGCAAAGGAAAGGUGGGCCGCCCCACAGCUUCAAAGGUGUCAAAGGAAAAGACGCCUUCUCCCAAAGAAGAAGAAGAAGAGCCAGAGAGCCCUCCAGAAAAGAAGGCGUCUGCAAGUCCUCCACCUGAGAAGUCUGGAGAUGAAGGGUCUGAAGAUGAAGCCCAGUCUGGUGAAGAUUAA